CUUACCGGAUUGUAUUUCAGAACUGUCGGUGUGAGGAGCUUAGUUUCAGGAAGCGACAGCCUUUCAUGACUUGUGUUCGAGUUCUACAUUUCAUUUGUACUGACCAUCGGCGCCUUGUUUGGUUUGGUGGAACUUCACAGCAAGGUUGGAAUGGCAAAACAUGCACCAAGGGGAACAUUUGAAAAACAGAAAGAUAUUUUCCUGUGUUGCAGAACUGGCGACUUAAACAAAUUAAGGAACUUGGUGGAUGAUAAUCACGUGAACUUAAACAUCACAGACGAAUGGGACAACCCACCAUUGUAUCUGGCGUGCUUGUGUGGACAUGUUGAUGUUGUGGAAUAUUUACUGAAGCAAGGUGCCCGAUAUGAUGCAACAAGUAUAGAUGGGCAGAGGUGUUUUCUCUCAUCCCUCAACCAGAGAAUACGCGAUGUCCUCCGGCAGUAUGAAACCAGCCUCUCAGUCGUGCCGGUCAGAGACCAAGCAAAGGAGUUCUCUUAUUUCCUUGACUGCUUGUAUGAAAGGGUUCCUGGGUUUGACAUCCAACUUAUGGUAGAGAACCACAUGUUCUUGGCUCACCGGUCUAUCUUGUCGGCUCGCUCAGCGUACUUCCUCAACGUGUUCAAAUCCUCCAACAUCACUAAUGGGACUCUGGAACUUGAUGUCAGCUUCAGUGAAGUGGGACUCAGGGCAGUACUACAGUAUAUUUACACAGGCAAGCUGGAUGUCAGUCCUGGAGAUGUCAGGUCCGUGGAGAAGCUGUUCAGGUAUCUUGACUUCGACAAGGCGUCAGGGUUACUGGACAGACCUACUCAAGACUCAGGAGACUCUUCCGUUGUGCAUGUCCAGAGGAAGGAGCUGAGUGAGGACCUCAAGACGGACUUCGCUAAUCUGUCUUUUUCUGCUGUACCUCCACAGUUCUAUUAUCAGAUGCCGGAAGGAGAGGGCCGACCAGUCGGUGAUGAGCUGUUUUCUGACAUUGUGUUUUCAGUGGAGGGUCACAAGUUUCAGUGCCACAAGGUGUUCUUCUACAGUCGAAGCGAGUAUUUCCGAGUGUUGCUUAUUGAGAAGGAGGCAGACAUCGUCCCUUCUUUUGAAGGUUACAGGUCUUCCAUAAGACUGGAAGGAGUUUCAGCUGAACAUUUUGCACAGAUUGUGUCCUUCAUCUAUACAGACACGUGUCAGAUAACACCAGACAACUCCAUUGAUUUGCUCAUCCUCUCAGAAAGGUUUGUGUUGCCGGGUCUCAAGCAACAAGUUUUGGUUGAGGUGUCAUCCUGUCUGAAACCUUUGACUGUAACAUCGGUCUACAGAACAGCCAAGGAACUAGAGAUACCCAGACUGAAGGAAGAGUGUGCUAGUUUCAUGGCAGACAACAUUGAUCAAAUGUCCACAUUGCCGGAGUUCAUUGAGUUACUGAACCUUGAGGUAACCUGCAACAUGCACAGUGAUCUGAUCGAGAACGUCCAGUACUACAUCCGCAAGGACAGCAACACUUCAGAAAAACAGGAACUGGCCAAUCACAAGCUGUCUUGUCUACAGAGUGCCCUCUGUGAUGUUGGUUCCAAGGAUGGCUUGACAUUCCUGAUGGUGGAGACGGGACAAACCACUACGUCUGGCUACUCUAACAGACCCAGAAGCACCAACAAACCUACAAGCGACAACAGACCCACGAGCGACAACAGACCCAGAAGCACCAACAGACCCACAAGCGACAACAGACCCACAAGCACCAACAGACCCACAAGCGACAACAGACCCACAAGCGACAACAGACCCACAAGCGACAGACCCACAAGUGACAACAGACCCACAAGCGACAACAGACCAACAAGCACCAACAGACCCACAAGCGACAACAGACCCACAAUCACCAACAGACCCACAAGCGACAACAGACCCACAAGCACCAGCAGACCCAUGAGCACCAACAGACCCACAAGCGACAGACCCACAAGCGACAACAGACCCAGAAGCACCAACAGACCCACAAGCGACAACAGACCCACAAGCGACAACAGACCCACAAUCACCAACAGACCCACAAGCGACAACAGACCCACAAGCACCAACAGACCCACAAGGGACAGACCCACAAGCGACAACAGACCCACAAGUGACAACAGACCCACAAGCGACAGACCCACAAGCACCAACAGACCCACAAGCGACAACAGACCCACAAGCACCAGCAGACCCAUGAGCGACAACAGACCCACAAGUGACAACAGACCGAGGAAGAAGUCUAAAGAUUGUGUGAUCAUUUAGACAAAUAUUUAGAUUCAAUAUUCAGAACCCUACCUCUGUGUGCCUCUAAACUGAUGUUGUGGAACCUUUUUGUACGAGCAGGACCUUUUUGUUCUCUCUGUUCAAGACAAGGACCAACAUUUUGAUUAAUGGAAAUAUUGACUGGGCCAUUUUACCUGUUUAAAAUAUGAACUGGGCCAUUUUGCCUAUUCAGAAUUAUUGCAGGACCAUUUUACCUGUUCAGAAUUGUGACUGGGACAUUUAACCUGUUUAAAAUAUGAACUGUGCCAUUACCCCAGUUCAAAGUAAGAUCAGUGACAUUCUAAAUGUUUAAUGUGAGAUCUGGGAUAUUUUAAAUGUUCAAAAUUAGGACAUGACAUAAUUUUUCAUUGACUGUGCACAAUAUAAACAUAUCUGUUUCACUAAUAGUGUUGAUUAAAUCAUUAACAAGUUGUUUGUUACAAGUGUGACCAUUACCAUGUUUUGAAUGUUAUGAAUAGUGAAAAAAGGCAAAUUUAUUGUUAGAUUGAGUGAGGGAGUAUGGUUUUACGCCGCUUUUAGCAAUAUUCCAGCAAUAUCAUGGUGGGGGACACCAGAAAUGGGCUUCACACAUUGUACCCAUGUGGGAAUCAAACUCGAUGAGCUUAACGCUUUAGCCACUAGGCUACCACAUCACCCCAUUUAUACCCAUUGUAUAUGAUGCAAAUCCCUUGUCUUUAUUUUAAAACAUUUAACUCAAACUGUAUUUUUAUAAUGAAACAGGGUACAAAUAUUCUUUGAGAGAUGACUAAACACCAAUACAGUUCAUAUUUUUGAUAUAUGAUAUAGACAUAAAAAUGUUUUGAAAAUAAUAAUAUGAAAAGCUAAAGAAAAGGAGAGGUAUAGUUGUUUUUGCUCCUCUGUUUAUUUGAAGGAUUUCAGACAAUUCAACUUGAAAUCUUAAUGAAAUAACUAUCGCAUGAUAUGGAAAUCUUGAAUGCUCAAUAUUACCCUUGUAAUCCAUGUAUCAAUGAGUGAGUGAGUGAGUUUAGUUUUACACCGCACUCAGCAAUAUUCCAGCUAUAUGGCGGCGCCAUGUAUCAAUGACUAACAGUGGGAUGUGGGAAGUACAGUACAAGUUAAUCUGCUAUGUAUGUUCAUUUUCCUGCCAAGAUGUAAAUUCAGCAUUUAAAGAGCCUUUUAUGGUAUAAUAUUUAAUCAUUAAUCAGAUUCCGUUAAUUUUCUUCAUUGAGUAAGACAUUCUUUCUCGUUUGCAGAACAAUGUGGGAGCUAAAUGUUUGACUGCCCAAAUUUUUAUGUGUCAUUUUCAAAAUGUUAUAUGUGGCCAUAGUGUCAGACAUCUGUUGCUAACUAUAUGUGAUAUUUUUACAGUGUUAGAAAUAACUAACUUCAUAAAAAUUGUAUGUGUUUUUGUGCAAAUAUCACUUCUGACUUCAUGCACAGCAGGGUAUUGAUUAAGUCAUCCAGAUGUCAUUGUUGAUGUUAUUCAAAUCUUAAUAAGCAAAACAUCAAUAUAAUGUCACACUAGAAAUGGUCUCAUAGAUGAAGAUUGUUGAGGUCAUUCUGAUGGUAUCGUGACAUAACAUCGGUAUGAUGUCACACUAGAAAUGGUCUCAUUGAUGAAGAUUGUUGAGGUCAUUCAGAUCUUAUCGUGACAUAACAUCGGUAUGAUGUCACACUAGAAAUGAUAUCAUUGAUGAAGAUUGUUGAGGUCAUUCAGAUCUUAUUGUCACAUAACAUCGGUAUGAUGUCAUGCUAGAAAUGACCUCAUUGAUGAAGAUUGUUGAGGUCAUUCAGAUCUUAUUGUCACAUAACAUCGGUAUGAUGUCAUGCUAGAAAUGACCUCAUAGAUGAAGAUUGUUGAGGUCAUUCAGAUCUUAUUGUCACAUAACAUCGGUAUGUUGUCAUGCUAGAAAUGACCUCAUUGAUGAAGAUUGUUGAGGUCAUUCAGAUCUUAUUGUCACAUAACAUCGGUAUGAUGUCAUGCUAGAAAUGACCUCAUUGAUGAAGAUUGUUGAGGUCAUUCAGAUCUUAUCGUGACAUAACAUCGGUAUGAUGUCACGCUAGAAAUGAUAUCAUUGAUGAAGAUUGUUGAGGUCAUUCAGAUCUUAUCGUGACAUAACAUCGGUAUGAUGUCACACUAGAAAUGAUAUCAUUGAUGAAGAUUGUUGAGGUCAUUCAGAUCUUAUUGUGACAUAACAUCGGUAUGAUGUCACACUAGAAAUGACCUCAUUGAUGAAGAUUGUUGAGGUCAUUCAGAUCUUAUCGUGACAUAACAUCGGUAUGAUGUCACACUAGAAAUGAUAUCAUUGAUGAAGAUUGUUGAGGUCAUUCAGAUCUUAUUGUGACAUAACAUCGGUAUGAUGUCAUGCUAGAAAUGAUAUCAUUGAUGAAGAUUGUUGAGGUCAUUCAGAUCUUAUCGUGACAUAACAUCGGUAUGAUGUCAUGCCAGAAAUGAUAUCAUUGAUGAAGAUUGUUGAGGUCAUUCAGAUCUUAUUGUGACAUAACAUCGGCAUGAUGUCACACUAGAAAUGAUAUCAUUGAUGAAGAUUGUUGAGGUCAUCCAUUGUAGUUUUCUGACAGUGGUUGUGAGUGUUUUCUACAUCGGAGCUAAAAGAAAUUUUCUAAACUGGGUAAUAAAGAAAUUAUUAUACCCACAUGUGGUCAUACUGUUUUUAAUGUAAUAAUUGAUGUUUUACCCUUGCUUUUUCUGGGGAAAGACUUCUGACACUCACCUCAUAAAAUCAGUGUGGCACACAUGCAUUCUUUAUGAGCUAAUGUGUGCAAUGAUAUUUUUGAAAGGUAGAUCAGUGUGCUUUCAACUGAAGUAUGCUGUGAUGUACUUUAUCGAUAUUGUUUUUUUCUUCUGUUUUGUUAUACAUUAACACAAUAUUGUAAGGGAACAGAUAUCAAUACUCUAAUAUGCAUUUUCUCAUUUAGAGAAAUAAAUUAUCACAUCCUAAA